GGGAGGGAGAGAGAUUAUGACGGAGCGAGGCAGGGAUAGACCAUUUGUUUUCGCAGAUUCUCAGGAAUAGUAGGGAGAGGCUGCAUUUGCCGGCCGGCUGGGGGAAGAUCAGGAACGUCUGCUUGUGCUGUGUGCUGUUCACCUCCCACAAUCCGGGCUCUGGGAAUACAUCCAACCAGAACUAGCCUAUAUUCUUCCUCCCUUUCAUUGUGGACAGCCCUUGGGGAAUUUUUUCACUUGAGGCUUUUUAAUCAUGUGCUGAGAUCCAGUUAGUGUGUUACCUGGAUACUGAUAGCUCCCAGAAACAGUAUUUCGCUGGUAAGCUGUGAUGGAAGCAGCUCUGUAGUAAUGUGCUUGUGCAAAACUGGAUACUGCAGCAACGUGGACUCUUAAAGGGGAUACAGCAACUCUCACUCACUUCAAUAGGGGGGCUCUCUAAAGGAGGUGAAACACUGAGGUAGAGGAGGCAGGUGUUGCAGAAAGAGCCUCACCCCCUUCUCACCCCAAAUCCGACCCCCUCCGCUGCACCAGCGGUAGCCAUGGCCCCCCGGAAGCGUGGCGGCGGUGGCGGCGGUGGCAUCUCCUUCAUCUUCUGCUGCUUCCAGAGUGGCAGCGACCACCCAGAGAUCACCUACCAGCUGCGCGAGGACUUUGCCCUGCAGACCAUGGAGCCUUCGCUGCCCAUGCCAGGCUAUGACGAGCUGGACGGCAUGUUCUCCGAGUUGGUGGAUGAACUUGACCUCACAGAGAAACACAGGGAGGCCAUGUUCAACCUGCCUGCAGAAAAGAAAUGGCAGAUCUACUGCAGCAAGAAGAAGGAACAAGAGGAGAACAAAGGUGCAACCAGCUGGCCAGAGUAUUACAUUGACCAGCUCAAUUCCAUGGCCGCCAGGAAGACACUCCUUGCCCUGGAGAAGGAAGAUGAGGAGGAGAGGAACAAAACAAUAGAGAGCCUGAAGACUGCUUUGCGGACGCAACCCAUGAGGUUUGUGACUAGGUUCAUUGACCUAGAUGGCCUGACAUGCAUCCUCAACUUCCUGAAGACCAUGGACUAUGAGACGACCGAGUCGCAGAUCCACACCUCGCUCAUCGGCUGCAUUAAGGCCCUGAUGAACAACUCCCAGGGGCGCGCCCACGUGCUCUCGCACUCGGAAAGCAUCAACAUCAUCGCCCAGAGUUUGGCCACCGAGAACGUCAAGACCAAGGUGGCGGUGCUGGAGAUCAUGGGCGCCGUGUGCCUUGUGCCUGGCGGCCACAGGAAGAUCCUGGAGGCCAUGCUCCACUACCAGCGCUUCGCCUGUGAGAGGACGCGCUUCCAGACCCUGCUGAACGAUCUGGACCGGAGUACGGGUCGGUACCGGGACGAGGUCAACCUGAAGACAGCCAUCAUGUCCUUUAUCAAUGCUGUCCUCAGCCAAGGCGCCGGAGAGGCCAGUUUGGAGUUCCGCAUACACCUCCGUUACGAGUUCCUGAUGCUAGGAAUUCAGCCAGUCAUUGACAAACUUCGCUCCCAUGACAACUCCACGUUAGACCGGCAUUUGGAUUACUUUGAAAUGCUGCGCAAUGAGGACGAGCUGACUAUGUCGCGGCGUUUUGAAUCGGUGCACAUAGACACUAAAAGUGCUUCCCAGGUAUUUGACCUCAUCCGGAAGAAGAUGAACUACACUGACGCAUACCCACACUUUAUCUCCGUCCUGCACCACUGUCUCCUCAUGCCUCAUAAAAGGAGUGGAAACACAGUGCAGUAUUGGCUGCUGCUGGACCGCAUCGUCCAGCAGAUGGUCCUGCAGAACGACAAGGGCCACGACCCCGACGUCACGCCCCUGGAGAACUUCAAUGUUAAGAAUGUGGUCCGGAUGCUGGUCAAUGAAAAUGAGGUCAAGCAGUGGAAAGAGCAGGCGGAGAAAAUGCGAAAAGAGCACCACGAGCUCCAGCAGAAGUUUGAGAAGAAGGAGCGUGAGUGUGACGCCAAGACCCAGGAGAAGGAGGACAUGAUGCAGACCCUCAACAAGAUGAAGGAGAAGCUAGAGAAGGAAAGCACCGAGCACAAGGCGGUCAAGCAGCAAGUGGCUGACCUCUCUGUCCGGCUGCACGACCUCAGCUCUAGACAGAUUGCCAGUGUCCCAGGCGGUCCCCCCUUCAUCCCUGGCCCCCCUGGUGGGCCUCUCCCGCCCCCCCCUCCCCCAGGAGGCAUGAUGCCCCCUCCACCACCCCCAGGGGGUAUGAUGCCCCCUCCACCGCCCCCACCCCCAGGUGGUCCCCCGCCUCCUUUUGGACGGCCACCCAUGGGAGGGAUACCUCCUCCCCCUGGGGCACCCCUAGGGUCCGCCCUCAAGAAGAAGAACAUCCCCCAGCCGUCCAACCCACUAAAAUCUUUCAACUGGGCCAAGCUAGCUGAGAAUAAGCUGGAGGGCACUGUAUGGACAGAAGUCGACGACGGGAAGGUUUUCAAAAUUCUCGACCUGGAGGACAUUGAGAAGACCUUCUCGGCCUACCAGAGACAACAGGACUUCUUUAUGGUCAAUAACAGCAAACAGAAAGAGAGUGAGGAUUCGGACUCCUUGAGCUCCAAGAAGGUCAAGGAGCUCUCGGUCAUCGAUGGCCGCCGAGCCCAGAACUGUAAUAUACUCCUGUUGCGGCUGAAGCUGUCCAAUGAGGAGAUGAAGAGGGCGAUCUUGACCAUGGACGAACAGGAGGACCUCCCCAAGGAUAUGCUGGAGCAGAUGCUGAAGUUUAUUCCAGAGAAGAGUGACGUGGACCUCCUGGAGGAGCACAAGCAUGAGCUGGACCGCAUGGCCAAGGCUGACCGCUUCCUUUAUGAGAUGAGCAGGAUAAAUCACUACCAACAGAAGCUGCAGUCGCUGUACUUCAAAAAGAAGUUUGCAGAGACGAUUGCCGGGAUCAAACCCAAAGUAGAAGCUCUGAUCAAGGCCUCCAAAGAGGUGCUGCACAGCCGCAAUCUGAAGCAGCUGCUGGAGGUGGUGCUGGCCUUUGGUAACUACAUGAACAAAGGCCAGAGGGGCAAUGCCUAUGGCUUCAAAGUGUCCUCGCUCAACAAGAUCGCAGACACAAAGUCCAGCAUAGACAAGAACAUCACCCUCCUCCACUACCUGAUCACCAUCCUGGAGAAGAAGUACCCCAAAGUCAUGAUGUUCCAAGAGGACCUGCAGAGUGUGCCGGAAGCCGCAAAAGUCAACAUGACUGAGCUGGAAAAGGAAAUCAAUAACUUGCGCAGUGGCUUGAAAAACGUUGAGAGUGAGUUGGAGUUUCAGAAGAAGCGGCCCCAGGAGGUGGGCGAUAAGUAUGUGUCAGUGGUGAGCCAGUUCAUCACUGUGGCCAGCUUCAGCUUCUCGGAUGUGGAGGAUUCUCUCACCGAAGCCAAAGAGCUGUUCCUGAGGGCGGUGAAGCAUUUUGGUGAAGAUGCCGGGAAGAUGCAGCCGGACGAGUUCUUUGGCAUUUUCGACCAGUUUCUGGGGUCGUUCGCUGAGGCGCGUCAGGAAAAUGAGAAUAUGCGCCGACGCAAGGAUGAGGAGGAGCGCAGGGCAAAGAUGGAGGCUCAGCUGAAGGAGCAGAGAGAGAAGGAGCGGAAGGCACGGAAAGCGAAGCCCAGCGGCGAGGACGACGGCGGAGAGUUUGACGACCUGGUGUCGGCACUGCGCUCCGGCGAGGUCUUCGACAAGGACCUGUCCAAGAUGAAACGCAACCGCAAGCGCAUCAACAGCCAGCCAGAUACUGGCAGGGAGCGGCCAGUCACCAAGCUCAACUUCUGAGACGUCCAGCCCCCUGCCCAGCCCUCCAUCCUAUGAUCCACCCACUGCCCAUCUCACAGGCCUAUCAACUCAGACAACCCAGCCAGCCACAGGCUGCUUCACCCCUGCUUUUGGCCUAUACUGUCAUCCGGUGGCAGACGUUGGGAGUGCACGUUCUUGACCCAUCAGCCUCAGAGAAACAUAAAACCAUGGUUCCACUCAUCACAGUAUAAAGUUCUGAAACAUUUUGAGACAUUUCAGGCUGUUAACCUCUGAGGUCUGUAGGAGACACCACUUCCAUUGAUAGUGAAUGUUGCGAGGUGGUCUACUGUUCUUCCCCCAAGAUGGAACAGAAGGAUAAAAUGGAUAUAGACGUUUGUCUGGAAAUGAAUAACCAAAUAAACAGAGUUUGAGGUGGAAGAAGUUUACUAGAACCAGGAAGAGGCCUCUGACAAUGCGUGUUAUUUGUAUUUCAGAAGAUAUCAAAAUGGGAGGACAGAAUGACGACACUAUCGUGUGUAGGUCACCUGGGGCGUCAUUUAUAACCGUUGCGUAAAUUUCACACUUUUUCACAAAUUCCUGGGUGAGCCAUUUCUGAAAAGUCUGCACACAUAUACAAAUAUUGAGAUGUAUCAAUUUGGCGCACGCCUGACACACGUUUCCUGUUAUAAAUCAGACCUGUAGUAAAAUGGUGACAAUAACGCCCUUUAUUUGCUGUAUAAUUUGGAACUAUUGGCAUUAGGCCACGACAUGCAAAAUACGAUUUGUUGUUCGAUAUUGAGUUCAUCAAUAGAUUAUUGGGUUUCUAUUUCCUGCCUUGGUAUAGACUCAGAUUAAAUAGGCAAUGAUGUCGCGCUCCUAUCGCACAGAAAAAACGGUAGCCUGCCCAUACUGUCUAAUGUUUUGCAUAAGCUACCGGUCUAUUUACUAUGUUGGCAGAAUGUUUGAAUCUUUAGCAAGAAUUUAUGCUGUAUCUAAAUGUAGUAAUAGUAAUACAUUUAGCAGACGCUUUUAUCCAAAGCUACUUAGUCAUGCGUGCAUACAUUUUAAGUAUGAGUGGUCCCGGGAAUAGAAACCAUUAUGCUGGCGUAGCAAACGCCAUGCUCUACUACAGGGUUCUUCAAUUCCGGUCCUGGAGGGCCGAAACACUUCUGUUUUUUAUUUCU